AUGCAAAUGAUUUGGGUGUGGACCAUCAGUUUACCUCUGAUAUUUUUGAAUUCUCCUAGAAUAAGCGAUCCAAAUAUCGGCGGUCGGGAUGUGCAUUUUGGCAGUGCCACAGAUAUAGCGGGGGUAAUAUUAUUUUUGUUGGGAUGGGUGAUCGAGAGUGUUGCGGAUAUUCAAAAGAGCACGCUAUUCUUGGAGUUUCCGAUUUAUCGAUAUAUUCCAGAAAAGGACGAAGAUAAUGACAAUAGAAAUUUGGGUACGAGUGGAAAUUUAAAUGGCAGCGAAGAGGUUUCUGAGGAUUCUAAUGAAGGUGGCGACGAUUGA